AAUCGCCGCAAUCAUUAGCGUCGUAAAUACUCUUCGCAUUUUGGUUGCGUUUUCGUCUCUGGAUUCCUAAUUUCCCACAGUAAGCUUUCUUCCCCCUCUUAUGGCGUCCACCAGUUUCUUAUCUCGUUCACUCCGUUUCGCUGCUACAAAACCCUUUUAUCCAUCUUCAAUCCCCUCUAUUUUAACUACUCCCCCAAAACAGGUAUCCUUUAAUCGUUGUCGUUUGAUAUCAUCGUCAAUGGCUUCGGACUCGACUCAGAAUGAAUUGCCGUCAAAUAAUCCAGGGCUCCAAAGUACACCUCCUGAUAAAGAAACUAAUGGCUACUUCAUGCAACAAACGAUGUAUCGAAUUAAAGAUCCAAAAGCCAGUCUUGAUUUCUACUCAAGAGUCCUGGGAAUGUCAUUACUCAAGAGACUGGAUUUUCCAGAUAUGAAAUUUAGCUUGUACUUUAUGGGCUAUGAGGAUACAUCAUCUGCUCCAGAAGAUCCAGUUGAGAGAACUGCAUGGACAUUUGGUCAAAAGGCCACCAUUGAGCUCACACACAAUUGGGGCACUGAAAAAGAUCCUAACUUUAAAGCAUAUCAUAAUGGGAACUCAGAACCUCGAGGAUUUGGACAUAUUGGUAUAACAGUUGAUGAUACAUACAAAGCAUGUGAGAGAUUUGCACGUCUAAAUGUUGAAUUUGUCAAAAAGCCUGAUGAUGGGAAAAUGAAAGGAAUUGCGUUUAUUAAAGAUCCCGAUGGUUAUUGGAUUGAGAUAUUUGACACAAAAACCAUUGGAAAUGUAGCCAAGGCUACUGCUUCAAAAGACUAGAGGAAGUUUUUAUGGAAAGCUUGGAAUAAUAGUCUUUUAACACUUUGUGAUCUCAAAAUGUUGUAAUAAAAUGUGUAAUUUGAUGCCGAAUAUAUUUUGAGAGGAAACAUGGUGAAUGUACAAGUAUUGGUACAUGAGGUACAAGUGUUAUUGGUUUGAA